AUGAUGGAAGAUCCAAUGAUGCCUGAUCUAUCACAUUUAUCAGCUGAAGAGCGCGAGAUCAUUGAGCAAGUUUUGCGUCGACAGAAGGAAGAAGAAUCAAAAGAUGUUCAGAUGACCAUAAAAGCUGAUGAAGAGUUAGACCAAAUAGAACGUCAAAUUAAUGAAAGAAAAGAAUCUGCGCGACGAUUAGUUGGAACACAGGAUGAUGCAAUCUGCCAAAUUUGUCAAAAAACAAAGUUUGCCGAUGGCAUAGGGCAUAAAUGCUUUUAUUGUCAAUUACGGAGUUGUGCUCGAUGUGGUGGACGAGCUCAAAGUAAAAACAAAGCUAUAUGGGCUUGCUCGUUAUGCCAAAAAAGACAACAGAUUUUGGCUCGAACUGGGAAAUGGUUUCAACCUGAAGAAGAAAGAUGCCCGAAAAUGAGCAAUGCAGGGAUGCCAAGUCCUAGCCAACCAGUCGCUCCUAGCAUUGGACCUUCCACAUCCGGCUCAAAUCCGCAAAUUAUUGUUCCUCCUUCUAACUCGAAUCCAAAUUUGAAUGGUCCACAGAUUAACCAACAACAUUCUGCUGGUGUCAAUCAACGGCUGACGUCUUCUCAAACAUCACAACCAUCUAGACAGCAAGGAAACGGCCAAUUACCGAUGGCUACAACGUCUUCUAAUACGCAAAGAGGCUCAAUGAGUCAACAACAAGCGAAAUCUGGUUCAGAAAUGCGUAAGCAGAAUACAUUGCAGAGGCAGCCAACAUUAGAGAAUGAUCUACGACAGCCAAAUGGAUCAGUAGUUCAUCAGAGGCACUCAAAUAUGCAGCGGUCUAAUGAAGCCCCGUCUAGCUCAACAACUUCGAGAACAUUGAAUGAUCGUCCUCAUGAAGACCAUCGGAAUAGGAGGAAUAUAGAAAAUACUUCACCGUUCGCUUCUAAUCCUGACGGACCGUUCAAUGAUAGGCGAGAUGGAAGUAGUGCAAAAAAUGCUAUUAAUAAUCUUUCAUCGAACGUCAAGCGGAGAGCUUCUCCGAUUCGGAAUCAAAGAAUAUCUGAUCGUCGAACGUCUCAGCCUACGAACAAAUCUCCAAAUGAACGGCAAUCACCUGUGAGGAAUGGUCCAUUUGAUGGUAGACCGAAUGAGGAAUACUACAACAAUUCUAGACAAACCGAGUUUCGUCGAUCACGAUCCAUUCGUGAGGAUGAGGGCCGUCGUGGCUCAAUUGGCGUCCGAUUGAAUCCUACUCUACCGGCAGCGGAGGUAGCUCCAGUUCCAGUGGCAAAUCCGCCAACCAGCGUUUUUUCAUCUGCAACGGCUACAGCAAAUCAACGGCAAAAGAAAUCGCGUUUGCAUAGACAAAUACGCUCCAUGUCGAGUUCGGAUGAGGAAGUUGCCACCACAUCAGAAGGUUUUGUUGGAGAAGAUGCUAGGCAGCGUGUUCCAAAUGAAUGCACUUCAGAAAAGGAUCUUUUACGAUAUAUUUACGGAUCGGAGAAAUCGAAUUCAUUAAAAGGACGCAAAACCGGAGCAGUUAGUGGCUAUUCUUCUGAUUGUACAGCUAAUCGUCGAGAUACAACAACGAAUCCACCAUCAGUACUGCCUGGUAAUGUGUUGGCUGCUAAGAUUAGGACUUAUUUAUCGCAUCCGGUGACAUGGCAGCCAUCAGCUGAUCAAAGGCGUUUAAUUGGUCACAUGGUAUUGCAUCGAACAGAUAGUUCAGUUAACGGAGAUUUAGGACUCAAAGUUGUUGGAGGAAGACGAUUAGAUACAGGCCGUUUAGGAGCAUUUGUUACCAGAGUUAAGCCGGGAAGUGUUGCAGAUACUGUCGGGCGACUACGACCUGGAGAUGAAAUGCUUGAAUGGAACGGGCAACCUCUUCAGAAUGCUACCUAUGAUCAAGUUUAUGAAAUAAUAUCAGCUAGUAAACAUGAAUCACAAGUAGAAUUAAUUGUUAGUCGAUCAGCAUGUGUUCCUGGCGGUGAUGAUUUUCUUAACGUUCAAAACACUCCCAAUCGACAAUUGCCGAAUCCUAAAUAUAUCCAGAGUAUUGAUCCAGAUUGUUAUGCCUCUCCUUCAGCGUCUCCAAUGAAUGUGCCCCCAGCUACAAUUCCACAUUCUCAAUCUGUUAUGCUGCCAUUCCAUCAUCAAUCUAGUCCACGUCAUCGGUCAACAGCACCCGGUUUUUACUCAGAAGCUGCAAUGCUAGAUCAACCACAAUGCUAUGGCAAGGGACAAAUUUUCGGACGUAUCGAGUUAUCAAUUAUAUUCUCUCCUCACGAUCGUCAAUUAAAUGUAACCGUGGAAAGAGCAUUUGAUUUGCCACCUCGUCCUGAUGGUGCUCUGCGAAACCCUUAUGUGAAGCUGUUUUUACUACCUGAUAGGAGUGAAAAAUCACGAAGACAAAGUGCUGUACUCGCUGAGACAACAGCUCCAUAUUGGUCUGAAGCAUUUUAUUAUCAAAAUAUUUCUGAAGCUCAACUGAUGGAGCGUGCACUUGAAGUUACCGUCUGGGAUUACGAUAAAUAUACGACUAACUCAUUCUUGGGUGAAACUCUAGUGGAUUUUUCAACUAUCCCAUUGGAUGGACAGCCUCUAUUAUAUACAUUAGUUGAUAUGGAUGACGAAAAUCCGCUAAGAUUGAGGUUGCGGCAGAGGAAAUUAUCCCAAUAUUCCGGAGUUCCACAACGUCCACGAAGCGAAAUGGCCUAUGCUGUUUACGAUCCGUAUAUUGAUCAACAGGAUUAUCCUCCAAGACACGUAGGGCCGGAUCAAACCAUGAGAAGAUCUCGCACGUAUGAUAGAGCUGGUUUGGCUCAAGCUCGUCACACUCCUGUGAGAAUGGAAGAAGAUUGGAAUAUAAAUCAAACUUCAGGCUAUUUAUCUGAUUAUGCUUAUUCCAACCCUCCACUCCCAGUUCGCUAUCAUCGACAACGACGACCACGUAGUGCGACAGCAAUGAGACAUAUGACUCCUGCUGAAAUGAGUGCUUCACGUAUGUAUUCGCGACGUCAUCCAAUGGAGGAUCGUCAAUGGGAAGAUGCAGCAACUCCGGAACAACGUUAUCCGCCCCAAACAAAUCAUUUGCGAUACCCAUCUGGUGAUCCACGCUCUCCGAAUGGUCGUCUAAUGGAAGUCAUGCAAGAGCAACAGGGAUAUGGUAGUGAUGGGAGUGAAACAUUAAGCAUUCACUCUGCUCAUAGCAUGCCAGUCGUUCGAACCAUUAACAGACGAGGAAUGCCUCAGCCCACCAACAACGACAUUCAAGAAACUUCAAUGGAAGAAUAUAUUCCUGAUGAGCAAAUGAUGCAGUCUGUGCAGAAGAACAAUCAGCAGAAUAUGAAUAUGAAGGAACGUAAAAAGAGCCUGAUGACACGUUUCAUUCCCGGACGUGGAGCUGGCGGUGCAGAAAUGAAAAGAACUGGAUUCGCUCGAUCUGAAGAAGUUGGAGUUCCCGGGAAUUUGUCAGCUGACCGCCUGCAAGCACCAUUCUUGAAACAAGCAAGCAAAGAGUCUAAUGAUUCUGGGGACAAUUGGCUUCCCGUUCUUCCAGACGGCCCGCUCGGAACGUUCGUCGAUAAUCUCGGCCCAGGACAAGUUGUUGGUAGACAGGUGUUAGCCUCGCCAGUUCUGGGCGAAAUUCAGAUUGCUAUAAUGGGUAGCCGAAAUGGCAUUGAGGUUGAGAUAAUCAAAGCAAAUAACCUUGUUGUGAAGCCUGGAACAAAGACCAGCCCUGCUCCAUACGUCAAAGUCUAUUUGAUGGAAGGAAAGCAGUGUAUUGCUAAGGCAAAGACCAAUCCCGUCAAACGAACAACGUCACCACUCAUUCAACAAAGGUUGCAAUUCAAUGAAAAUCCUAGAAGAAAAAUGUUACAGAUCACUGUUCUAGGCGAUUAUGGUCGCAUGGAACGGAAAGCAUUUAUGGGUAUUGCUCAAAUUCGACUAGAUGAUUUGGAACUCGGCCCUCAACCAAUUAUUGGAUGGUACAAAUUAUAUCAUAGUUCAUCCUUGGCCGGAACUGGUCCUAUCCGGAAAGAUUCUGAAACAUCUCUUGCCGGUGUGCCUCAAUAG